GGGCCUCAUAAACAACCACAGAACCACAAGUUGGGUAGGCUGGCAGUGGUGGAGGCUGAGCCCAGCACAGUGGUCAGCUGGCAGCUCGAGUCACAGUGACUGGAAACCACAGGGUUUCACAGGGCAAAAGAAAUCAUUUCGUCGCCCGCCUGAAGAAGAGGGUGCACCUUGAGGAGGAAGCGAUGGCUUCAGACAGCAUAUUUGAGUCAUUUCCUUCAUACCCACAGUGCUUCAUGAGACAAUGCAUACAUGGAAUGAAUUCUUCUAGAGACAUUCAUGAUGCCAGCACGAGCCGCCGCUUCACGCCGCCUUCCACCGCGCUGAGCCCGGGCAAGAUGAGCGAGCCGCUGCCGCUGGGCGCCCCGGACGCCGGCGCCGCCCUGGCCGGCAAGCUGAGGAGCGGCGACCGCAGCAUGGUGGAGGUGCUGGCCGACCACCCCGGCGAGCUGGUGCGCACCGACAGCCCCAACUUCCUCUGUUCCGUGCUGCCCACGCACUGGCGCUGCAACAAGACCCUGCCCAUCGCCUUCAAGGUCGUGGCUCUGGGGGAUGUUCCAGAUGGCACCCUGGUCACGGUGAUGGCCGGCAACGAUGAAAACUACUCAGCUGAGCUGAGAAACGCAACCGCAGCCAUGAAGAACCAAGUUGCCCGAUUCAAUGACCUCAGGUUUGUCGGUCGGAGUGGAAGAGGGAAAAGCUUCACUCUGACCAUCACCGUCUUCACGAACCCACCGCAAGUUGCCACCUACCACAGAGCCAUCAAAAUCACAGUGGAUGGACCCCGGGAACCUCGAAGACAUCGUCAGAAACUAGAUGAUCAGACCAAGCCCGGGAACUUGUCCUUUUCCGAGCGGCUCAGUGAACUGGAGCAGCUGCGGCGCACAGCCCUGAGGGUCAGCCCGCACCACCCAGCCCCCACCCCCAACUCUCGGGCCUCCUUGAACCACUCCACUGCCUUUAACCCUCAGCCUCAGAGUCAGAUUCAGGAUACAAGGCAGAUCCAGCCGUCCCCGCCGUGGUCCUACGACCAGUCCUACCAGUACUUGGGUUCCAUCACUUCUCCUUCCGUGCACCCAGCGACCCCCAUCUCGCCUGGACGGGCCAGUGGCAUGACCACCCUCUCGGCCGAGCUCUCCAGUCGACUCUCAACGGCACCGGACCUGACGGCCUUCGGCGACCCGCGCCAGUUUCCCGCGCUGCCCUCCAUCUCCGACCCGCGCAUGCACUACCCCGGCGCCUUCACCUACUCGCCGACGCCCGUCACGUCGGGCAUCGGCAUCGGCAUGUCGGCCAUGAGCUCGGCCACGCGCUACCACACGUACCUGCCACCGCCCUACCCCGGCUCGUCGCAGGCGCAGGCGGGCCCCUUCCAGGCCAGCUCGCCCUCCUACCACCUCUACUACGGCGCCUCGGCCGGCUCCUACCAGUUCUCCAUGGUGGGCGGCGAGCGCUCGCCGCCGCGCAUCCUGCCGCCCUGCACCAACGCCUCCACCGGCUCGGCGCUGCUCAACCCCAGCCUCCCGAACCAGAGCGACGGGGUGGAGGCCGAGGGCAGCCACAGCAACUCCCCCACCAACAUGGCGCCCGCCGCGCGGCUGGAGGAGGCCGUGUGGCGGCCAUAUUGAGGCCCCGCGCGCCGGCCCGGAGUCACCAGGGAGGCCUUGCGGGCCUCGGGGCGCCGCGGAGCCGGCCGGCCCUCUGGGAAUGGCCCCCUGCAGGGCGGUGGCCGCCGGACAGCGUCUGGAGAAGAGCGUCCUGCCGGGCCCAGCCACCGGCCUAGGGGCGAGCACACUCCCAUGAUGGCCGCCCCCAGGCCUCGAGCCUGCGCGCUUCGGAGGCCGUCGUAGGUCGGCCUCGCCGGCCGCGGGUCUUGGAGUGUCCACAGCUGACGCCACCGCCCGGGAGCGCUGUAAGGCAAAACAGGAAGAUUCCCAGAGGGAAACUGUGAAUGCUUCUGAUUUAGCAAUGCUGUGAAUAAAAGAAAGAUUUUAUACCCUUGACUUAA